AGCGAGAACACUUCGUCAGUCAGGGGUGUGCUGCUCGGGAGGAGCUACGUCUUUAAGAGGGUCUGUGGGGGGGAAGUGGCUUUGCUAUUUCAUUAGCGGCUGUCUGACGGCAGGGUAAAGAAAACGAGUCCGUGUAACUGAAAGGAUAAAGAACAAACCCAGUGGAGAGAUUCCUUCCCAGAUUGAGGAUUACGUUUGCCUGGUUACACAGUCUCACUGGCAGCGAAGAUGGAAUCUCGGUCCUCGCCUUUGCCCUAUGUCUUCAGUUUGGUGGUGUUUUGUCUUUGCAGCCUUGCGCAAGCAGCCAACAAUUAUAACUGUGAUGAUCCGCUGGUGUCAGCAUUGCCUCAGACGUCCUUCCAAAGCUCCUCCGAGCUCUCCAGCAGCCACUCUCCCCGCUUUGCCAAGCUCAAUAGAAGAGAGGGUUUCGGCGGCUGGUCUCCUCUGGACUCAGACAAGAACCAGUGGCUGCAGAUUGACCUGCGGGAUAGAGUGGAGAUCACAGCAAUAGCCACGCAGGGACGCUACAGCAGCUCGGACUGGGUCAUUAGCUAUCUGUUGCUGUUCAGCGACACAGGGAGGGUCUGGAAACAGUACCGUCAGGAAGACAGCAUCUGGGCUUUCCCAGGGAACAGCAAUGCGGACGGUGUUGUGCACCAAAAGUUCCAGCACUCCAUCAGGACGCGGUUCCUGCGCUUCGUGCCUCUGGACUGGAAUCACAGUGGUCGGAUUGGGAUGAGGGUGGAAGUCUAUGGCUGUGUGUACAAAUCGGACGUGGCAGACUUUAAUGGCAGGAGCUCCCUGUUGUACCGGUUUAACCAGAAAUCCAUGAGUACAGUGAAAGAUGUGAUCUCCCUGAAAUUUAAGAGCAUGCAGAGCGAUGGAGUUCUGGUGCACGGAGAAGGGCAGAGAGGAGACUACAUCACCCUGGAGCUGCACAGAGGCAAGCUUGCCCUGCACAUCAACCUAGAUGAUGCCAAACUCCGAUCCAGCAGCAGCAGCCGUGUGUCAGUGACUCUUGGCAGCCUCCUGGAUGACCAGCAUUGGCACUCUGUUCUGAUCGAGCGUUUUAACAAACAGCUGAACUUCACAGUGGAUAAGCACACGCAGCACUUCCGCACCAGGGGGGACUGCGACUCGCUGGAUAUUGAUUAUGAGCUCAGCUUCGGUGGGAUUCCACUUCCAGGCAAACCAGGGAUUUUCCUGAGGAAAAAUUUCCAUGGCUGCAUUGAAAACCUUUAUUACAACGGAGUGAACAUCAUCGACCUGGCCAAGAGACGCAAACCUCAGAUCUAUACCGUGGGUAAUGUCACCUUCUCCUGCUCAGACCCUCAGAUGGUUCCUGUGACGUUCCUCAGCUCCACCAGUAGCUACCUGCUGCUGCCGGUUGAUUCCCAAGCGGACGGCCUUUCGCUUCGCUUCCAGUUCCGCACCUGGAACCGGGAAGGGCUCCUGCUCUCGUCACAGCUUUUCCAGAAGCCGGAGCUCUUACUGCUCUAUCUCAGCAACGGAAAACUGAAACUUACCCACCAGAAAUCCCUGCUGGAGAAAACAGAACUGACAACAGGUCAUGGUCUCAAUGAUGGGCUCUGGCACACUGUGAGCCUCAGCACCCGAGGACUGCAGGUCUCCCUUACACUGGACAAUGAUGCCUCCUCCACCAUGGAGGCCAAUGUGCAUAUCCACUCUGGAGACAGCUAUUUCUUCGGAGGAUGCCCUUCUACCACGAACAACCUCGGCUGCAAAAACCCAACGCUUGCUUUCCAGGGCUGCAUGCGUCUCAUAUUUAUCAACAACCAGCCAAUGAAUCUCAUCCAAGUGCAGCAAGGCCUGCUGGGGAAUCAUAGUGACUUGCAAAUUGACCUUUGUGGCAUUAGAGACAGGUGCUUGCCAAACGACUGUGAGCACGGGGGCCAAUGUUCCCAGUCCUGGAGCACCUUCUACUGUGACUGUUCAGGAACAGGCUACACUGGAGCCAUCUGCCACAACUCAAUCUACGAGCCUUCAUGUGAAGCCUACAGACACACAGGGAGCACAUCAGGUUACUUUUCCAUUGACUCAGAUGGAAGUGGUCCUUUGGGUCCCACUCUGGUUUACUGCAAUAUGACAGAUGAUAAAGUGUGGACUACAAUGCACCACAACAGCAUGGAGCUGACCAGGGUCCAGGGUUCGAGCCUGGAGAAGCCGUAUUCCAUGCAGUUCAACUACAGCACUAGCCGAGAACAGCUGCAGGCCAUGGUGAGCAGGGCGGAGCACUGCGAGCAGGAGAUCCUUUAUCGCUGCAAGCGAUCCCGGCUGCUCAACGCCCGCGAUGGCACUCCCUUCUCAUGGUGGGUGGGCAGGACCAGUGAGAGGCAGACCUACUGGAGUGGUUCCUUGCCUGGGGUCCAGCAGUGCUCCUGUGGACUGAAUGAGAACUGCAUAGACAUGAACUAUUUUUGCAACUGUGAUGCUGACAGAGACCAAUGGGCUAAUGAUACAGGCCUCCUGUCCUACAAAGAACACUUACCUGUGAAUCAGAUGGUGAUUGGAGACACGAGCAGAACCGGCUCAGAAGCAGUGUACAGAGUAGGGCCUCUGCGUUGCUACGGUGACAGGAACUUUUGGAAUGCAGCCUCUUUCAACAUGGAGACCUCCUACCUCCACUUCCCCACGUUCCACGCAGAGCUCAGUGCCGACAUCUCCUUCUACUUUAAAACUACCGCCAAGUCCGGAGUCUUUCUGGAAAACAUGGGGAUCAAAGACUUCAUACGCAUAGAAUUAAGUUCUCCGUCUGAGGUGACCUUCUCCUUCGACGUGGGGAACGGGCCUAUCGAACUCACGGUGAAGUCGCCCACCCCUCUGAACGACAAGCAGUGGCACUACGUCAAAGCAGAGCGCAACACCAAGGUGGCGUGGCUCCAGGUCGACCAGUUACCAGUUAGGUUCCUGGAGGCUCCGGCUGAUGGACACUUCCGUCUGCAGCUCAACAGCCAGCUAUUCGUAGGAGGUACAGCAUCGAGGCAGAAGGGGUUUCUGGGAUGUGUUCGUUCCUUGAUACUGAACGGCUUGACUCUUGACCUUGAGGAGCGGGCGAAGAUGACCCCAGGGGUCCAGCCGGGCUGCCCUGGUCACUGCAGCAAUUACGACAGUUUCUGCCACAAUGGAGGAAAGUGCAUUGAAAAAUACAACGGCUUCUCCUGUGACUGCAUUCACUCUGCCUACAGGGGGCCCCUCUGUAAGAAAGAGGUUUCUCUCCUCUUUGAAGCCGGCUCCUCAGUGACCUACACCUUCCAGGAGCCCCUCUCAGUCAGUAGCAAUAAAAGUGGACAGUCCUCCGCCAUCUACAAUGAGAUAAGCAAGUCCCGGGAAAAUAUUGCAUUCAGCUUCCUCACAACACACACUCCAGCCAUGCUGUUAUUUGUCACCUCUUACUAUCACAAGGACAUGGCUGUCAUCUUGUCUAAGAAUGGGAGCUUGCAGAUCUGGUACAGACUGAACACAGAGAAAGAGCCAGACGUCUUCUCCACCAACACCACCAACCUAGCCAACGGACAACUUCACAGAGUCAGAAUCAACAGGGAUGGAAGGGACAUCUAUGUGCAGAUUGACCAGAACAUAAACGCAAAAUACAGCCUUUCCUCGGACACUGAGUUUAAUGCUAUCACAUCUCUAACUUUGGGCAAAGUCACAGGCAGCCCCGGUCUGGAUGAGGAGGUCAGAGUGGCGGGGGCACAGGGCUUCAUCGGCUGCCUCUCCUCAGUCCAGUUCAAUCACAUUGCUCCUCUGAAGGCGGCCCUGCACCAUCACAGAAGCGCUGUCGUUACAGUGAAGGGGCGGCUGGUGGAAUCCAGCUGUGGCUCCACAAGCAUGGCUGACCUGAACACUUUCACAACAACGCACUCCCUGUCAGAUCAUUUAGAAAAAAUCAACGACGAGAGGGAACCACUGGCAAUACAAAGUGACUCAGUUGUCAUUGGAGGUAUCAUCGCUGUGGUAAUAUUUAUCACGGUCUGUGUCACUGCAAUAAUGACACGGUUCCUCUACCAGCACAGAAAGGGCCACCAGACCGGCACUGAAAAAGCCAAGGAGCACCGAGAGAACUUGGAGUACUCCUUAAGGAACCACACUGAUCUCCAUCACUCAGUCAGCGAAAGCAAGAAAGAGUAUUUCAUCUGAACCUUUUACUUUCAGUUCCCUGAUUGUUUGUCUGCCCGUGAUGAGAUGCAUGGCCCUGUAAGAUAAGGAGUGGGUUGGUCCCUUAGAAGUACUGCCUUCUCUGCACAAGAGCUACCAACUGGACAACUCUAAAUUUAACUUUUCAUUUCUAGUGGGAGGUAAAAGAACGACAUGGGUAGUAGACUUUUGUACCAAGGUUUUUUUUUUUUUUUUUUUAGUUUCAUUGUUUCAUACUGAAAAUAAAAUGGUUGAGACUUGACAGAGGAGCAGGGAGUGAAGGGAAAGAAAUCAUUAUAGCCAUGGUAGAAUAUAUGGAGGGCAAAGGGCACUUCCCUGCUAGGGAGAUGUGAACCAUGUUUUUUUUUUAUUUUUAAUGAGGGAAGACUGCAGGUUUAAAAUCAAAGUUGCAGUGCUGUUUAUCUCAAUCAUAUACUUAUACCUAAACAGCUUCUUGACUCCUGGAAUUAUUUAUUUUCAUGACAAGUUUUAAACCCUUGAAUUUACUUUGCACAGUAGGGAGGGAGCUGACAUUUCAUAUUUAAAAUGGUUUUCUUGGGUUUUUAACUGGUUGUCAAAAUGCUCUGCAGAUGUUUGCACUGUAAUCCAUGAUGUACAGUGCUUUGUGAUGCCUUGGCAUGAAUAGCGUACUAUACAUUUUACUGUUACUGUUGUUCAUGGCUGAUCAAUCCAAUAUUUCACCCUUCUGCAAAACACUCCUGAGAUACAAUUGGAGAACAAGGAGUCAAAAAAGCCAAAGAGGCACAAGCUGUGUCUCGAGAAGGGCAUAUACAGUAAUCUUUUAUUCACUAUUGAGACCAAUGGUAGUAAAGAAAUUCCACUGUAGAUGGUCCAUUUAUGAAAUAAACCUUAUAGCAAGCACAUUUUAGCACUUUGAUGCUCACAUAUCAAUCACCUGACCAAAUACUUUACAUGCUAAUUAUAUCUAAUAUUAUCCUUUUUAACAGCCCCCACUUACUAAACCAAGGAGUAUUCCACAACCCAAAGAGUAAGAGGACAGGGCAGGCAACAUAUGAGGGGAUCUGUGAUCACUUUUUAUUUACUGUUAUUUAAGCUAUUUUUCUGCUGGGAAGGUGGCAGGGGAAAAGCCUUUUCCUUCAGAAGCGCAGCAUCAGCAGAAAUUCAGUGUGCAGAAUAAAGUAGACAAUGAGGGAACUGUUUUAACCAUUGAGAUAGUUAUAACGGAACGUCAAGGUAGUUAGGGUUAAAACCAACAAAAGCAAAUGAUAUCAGUGCUUUCUGUAGUACCGCUUUAUCAAGCUACCUUUUGUAACAGUGGAGCAAAUUGAUGGGCCGGUUUACUUAUUUGAUUAAUUUGAAAUGGAUGAUUUGAAUCCAUUUUUUAUGUUCUUGUCUAGAACCACGCUGGCACCCAGUUUUUGAAAGGUAAAAAACAUUUAACAACUUAUUUGCAGGUAGCAAGUUUUAUAAUGUUAAUCCUUUCAGAAUAAAGGGGGCAACCUACACUGAAGUGAGUUACCCAAUGGCUUAAGUUGUAUUGAAAUCAUUUAGGAUGCUGAUGAAGGUAGAGUGCACAAACUUAGCUAGGAAAUAAACAUUAUUUGCAAUGAAAAUGUAACCUGAAUAAAUAAAGGGUGUGACCUUGGGCUGCCAUAACCCGAGCCUCACCGUGACCCACCCUACAAUUGAUUGUAUUGCUAUGUAUGUGUUUAUUGAUAUAUUUGUAAUCUUUUUCUAUCGCACACAUGUAGCCCCCUUCUCCAGCUUAAAAAAGCACACUUUUGUAUGAAAUAUUGUACCUGGUCAUACUCGAUAUUAUUGUCUAUUGUGAUGUAUUUGAAGUAAUGGACAUUCAACUUAACUUCAAUGGAUUUAGGCAACGGGUUAGACCAAGAUCACUGGACAUUGUAGAAGUUGUUAAGACUAUCCCUAUCCCUGUUGCUUCAGGGUGAAGAUUGAAUUGAAAACUACAGACUGGCUAUCUUAAUUUUUCACAUUUUUGGAUUUGGGACAAUGACAUUCACAUUUCUGUUAGAAUUCAGUUCAGAUAACGCAAAUGUAACCACAUUUGUUAACAAGUGUUUAAUACAUUGUGAUUAAAACAAUAAUGAAACAAGAAGAACACGUAUGAAUUAAACCAAUAAGGAAGGGACUGGCUGAAUGCAUUGUAUCUGCAGGUGCUCAUAAUGUAGUUCUGCUGCUGCUUACAAUUCAAUGUGCUCAUGAGAAUGACAAAAUUAACAUGUUAAAAUAAAUGUUCUAGUAUCUGUUACGAAACCUUACUGCUCAACCUGAAGUGUAGCCUACCCCCCUGCGCUGCCUUAAUCAUAAUUAAUGUACAAGGUGAUUAAUAAACAACACACCACGUGAAAAAAACACAUUACAGAACAUAUUUGAAUUGAGCACUGCCACUGGCCUAGCACAAAAUCUCACAGCUACACAGGACACUGUGUGUGGCUUUGGACUGUAUGGCAGCAGUGUGGAGUAGUGGUUAGGGCUCUGGACUCUUGACUGGAGGGUUGUGGGUUCAAUCCCCAGUGGGGGACACUGCUGUUGUACCCUUGAGCAAGGUACUUUACCUAGAUUGCUCCAGUAAAAAAACAACUGUAUAAAUGGGUAAUUGUAUGUGAAAUAAUGUAUAAUGUGAUAUCUUGUAACAAUUGUAAGUCGCCCUGGAUAAGGGUGUCUGCUAAGAAAUAAAUAAUAAUAAUAAAAUAAUAAUAAUGGAUACUCUUUAUGGAAGGCUUCUGUUGUUCCCCGAGUACUUUGCCCAUGACUUGCAUGAACACUAAUCUACACGUUCACCAACAUUGUGUUCCUGUCCACCGUGACUGUCUACUUGGAAACCUAAAGUGAAACAGACAUGUUCUGUAAUGGUUUAGCAAUUUUUUAAAUCUCCAUAUAUACUGUAAAAUAGCAAUUUAUGCUUUCACUGACAUGUAAUACAUUUCCUUUUGUUUUUUGCAUCUACUUGGAAAUAAUAACUACCUGUUGCCUGAAUGCAUUGUUUUUUAAGUAUAUUAAGUAAUUGAACAAGUUAUAUCAAAUGUGCAGCCUCUGCUAUUUAUUUUUGUUUUGUUUUCUAUAGCUAUAAUUGUACAGAUGUUAUUAUCUUGUAAAUAGUGUAUUUAUUAAAGUCGUUUUUACAGCUG